UCCGGGCGUGCCCGUUCUCCCGCCUCGCCCAGCGACCGCGCGACUGCCCGACCGUGCGUCCCGGCCCGCGGCGCGCUGGAUGCAGCGGAGCCCCGGCGGGCGGCGCGGCGGCCGCGGCCCCGGGCGACAUGUACCUGCUGGACGGCAGCAGCGAGCCCGCGUCUCCGCCCGCGGACGCGAUGCCGCGCGGGACGCCCCCCAGGAAGACCGUCUACCGCAUCUCCGUGACCAUGGUCAGGAAGGACCAGCUGGCCGCGCCAGGCCCCGGCGGCCCCGACCCACGCCCCGGCGGCCCCGACCCACGCCCGGCCCUGAGGCCCCGGCCCGCGCGCUCCCCGGACGCGCCGGGGCGGCUGGUGGAGGAGGCCGAGGAGGAGGUGGCGGCCGGCGCUGAGGACCCCGAGGGCCGCCGGCCGCGCGCCUGGGACUUCCGCACCUUCCGCACCCGCAGCACUGGGCAGCUGGAGCUCGGGCGGCUCCGACCUUGCGCACGCGGCCUCGAGCCCGCGGACCUGGCCGGCAGCCCCCCGUCCGUGGAGGAUGGGCCCGGCUCGCCCGCGCCCGGCAGCCCCGACGUGGAGGGGGUCCGGGCCGCGCCCCUACGGCGGAGCCUCAGUUUCCGGCACUGGAGCGGGCCCGAGGUGUCGCGGAGUCAGACUCUGGGCCGCGGGAGACGCCACAGCAGUUCCGGGAGCCUGGCCUGGGCGCCGGGUGGCAAGGUCUCGGCGGACCCUGGGGUCGCUGUGGAGCCCGCGGCCCCAGUGCAGCCCUCCUCGGAGAAGCGCAACACCCUGGACGUGGGCGAGGUGCUCAGCAAGAACGAAGCGCUCUCGGACCUGGAGCGUUGGGAGCGCAGCAAGAGCAAGAACCGCACGCUGGACAACAGCGACCUGCAGCGGCUGGAGCGCGCGCGGGCGGCGGCCGCGGGCCCCGGCGCCGCUUCGGAACACCGGCUGCUGCGCUUCUUCAGCGGCAUCUUCGCGCGCAGGGACGGCGCGUCCGGCGGCGGUCCCUCUCCCCGGAGCGGCGGCGCCUCGCGGCCCCGUGGCUACUUUAGCAGCCUGCGGCGGGCCCCAGCCGAUGCGCACUCGUCUAGCGCGGAGAGCAUCGACGGGUCCCCGCGCAGAGAUGCCUUUGUGAAUAGCCAGGAAUGGACGUUAAGUCGAUCUGUCCCGGAGCUCAAAGUGGGGAUCGUGGGUAAUUUGGCCAGCGGCAAGUCGGCCCUGGUGCACCGGUAUCUGACCGGCACGUACGUCCAGGAGGAGUCUCCCGAAGAUAUGGAUGCAGGUGGCCGAUUCAAGAAAGAGAUCGUAGUUGAUGGACAGAGCUACCUGCUGCUGAUUAGAGAUGAAGGGGGCCCCCCAGAGGCGCAGUUUGCCAUGUGGGUGGACGCCGUGAUAUUUGUCUUCAGCUUAGAGGAUGAGAUAAGCUUCCAGACCGUUUACCACUACUACAGUCGGAUGGCCAACUAUCGGAACACGAGCGAGAUCCCUCUGGUUCUGGUGGGGACUCAGGAUGCCAUAAGUUCCACCAACCCACGGGUCAUCGACGACGCCAGGGCGCGGAAGCUCUCCAGUGACCUGAAGCGGUGUACCUACUACGAGACGUGUGCCACGUAUGGGCUGAACGUGGAGCGGGUCUUUCAGGACGUUGCCCAGAAGAUUGUGGCCACAAGGAAGAAGCAGCAGCUGUCCAUCGGGCCCUGCAAGUCGCUGCCCAACUCCCCCAGCCACUCGUCUGUCUGUUCUGCACAGGUGUCCGCCGUGCACAUAAGCCAGACCAGUAACGGAGGCGGGAGCUUAAGCGACUACUCCUCCUCUGUCCCGUCGACGCCAAGCACCAGCCAGAAGGAGCUGCGAAUCGACGUCCCUCCCACUGCCAACACGCCGACACCUGUCCGGAAGCAGUCCAAGCGCCGCUCCAACCUCUUCACUUCUCGGAAAGGGAGUGACCCAGACAAAGAGAAGAAAGGCCUGGAGAGCCGCGCGGACAGCAUCGGGAGCGGUCGAGCCAUCCCAAUUAAACAGGGCAUGCUGCUGAAGCGGAGCGGCAAAUCGCUGAACAAGGAGUGGAAAAAGAAAUACGUCACCCUGUGUGACAACGGCGUGCUGACAUACCACCCAAGUUUACAUGAUUACAUGCAGAACGUUCAUGGUAAAGAGAUUGAUCUUCUGAGAACCACUGUGAAAGUCCCAGGGAAGAGGCCACCCCGAGCCACGUCGGCCUGCGCGCCCAUCUCCAGCCCUAAAACUAACGGCCUGUCCAAGGACAUGAGCAGUUUACACAUCUCACCAAAUUCAGGGAAUGUCACUAGUGCGUCUGGGUCUCAGAUGGCCAGCGGCAUCAGCCUGGGCUCCUUCGGCAGCCGGCCGGACGGCAUGCAGCAGCGCUCCUACUCUGUCUCCAGUGCCGACCAGUGGAGUGAGGCUACGGUCAUUGCAAACUCGGCCAUCAGCAGUGACACGGGGCUGGGCGAUUCCGUGUGCUCCAGCCCAAGUAUCUCCAGCACCACCAGCCCCAAGCUCGACCCGCCCCCCUCCCCUCACGCCAACAGAAAGAAGCACCGAAGGAAGAAAAGUACCAGCAACUUCAAAGCCGACGGGCUCUCCGGCACCGCUGAAGCCAAACGCAAGGCUUGGAAACUAAACCGUGUUGGUAGCCUGCGAAAUAUUUACAGCAGCGGCAGCACCAACACUGAAGAACAAGAAGAAAACUUUGAGUUUAUCAUUGUGUCCCUCACUGGCCAGACGUGGCACUUUGAAGCCACCACAUAUGAAGAGCGAGAUGCGUGGGUCCAAGCCAUCGAGAGCCAGAUCCUAGCCAGCUUACAGUCAUGUGAGAGCAGCAAGAAUAAGUCCCGACUGACAAGCCAGAGUGAGGCCAUGGCCUUGCAGUCAAUACGAAACAUCCGCGGGAACUCCCACUGCGUGGACUGCGAGACCCAGAAUCCGAACUGGGCCAGUUUGAACUUGGGAGCCCUCAUGUGCAUCGAAUGCUCAGGGAUCCACCGGAACCUUGGCACCCACCUUUCUCGAGUCCGGUCUCUGGACCUCGAUGACUGGCCCAUCGAGCUUAUCAAGGUGAUGUCAUCCAUUGGGAACGAGCUGGCCAACAGCGUCUGGGAAGAGAGCAGCCAGGGGCGGACGAAGCCCUCCCUGGACUCCACAAGGGAAGAGAAGGAGCGGUGGAUCCGGGCCAAGUACGAGCAAAAGCUCUUCCUGGCGCCGCUGCCCUGCAUGGAGCUGUCCCUGGGCCAGCACCUGGUGCGGGCAACCGCUGACGAGGACCUGCGGGCCGUCAUCCUGCUGCUGGCGCACGGCUCCCGGGAGGAGGUGAACGAGACCUGCGGAGAGGGGGACGGCCGCACGGCGCUGCACCUGGCCUGUCGGAAGGGGAACGUGGUCCUGGCGCAGCUCCUGAUCUGGUACGGAGUGGACGUCAUGGCCCGGGACGCCCAUGGGAACACGGCACUGGCCUACGCACGGCAGGCCUCCAGCCAGGAGUGCAUCGACGUCCUGCUGCAGUACGGCUGCCCCGACGAGCGCUUCGUGCUCAUGGCCACCCCCAACCUGUCCCGGAAGAACAAUAACCGGAACAACAGCAGCGGGAGGGUGCCCACCAUCAUCUGAGGGCCGCGCGCCCACCCGCCCGCCGCACCCGGGCGCCCUCUCUCGCAGAAGUCACGACACGUGAGUCCCGUCCACCCCCACCCUCUUCCCGGUGGUCACCCGCCCUCCCCCCACACGAAGUCACAAAACCUGACUGUCCUCGUGGGGCGAAGAGGAGGCCAGGAGGCUGCCCAGCAGAUUCCUUUUCAUAAACUCCCCUAACGACAAGCAGGAGCUCCCGGUGGGCCUUGGUUUGCUGACGAUAGCACACGGCGAGGCACCCCCUGCCGCCAUCCGUCCGCGGCCUGGAGACACAAGAGCACGGUGCAAGGGAUGGGGACGAGAGGGGGAGGGGAGGCAAGGAGCAAGGAGAAGGGUAACUCUCCUUAACUGGCAGUUAAGCACAUCAGUACAUUUCACCUCUACCAAACGGAACACUCGGAUUUCAUCUCCUCUCCGAGGAGCUUGACGGCAUAAAUCAGAAGCAAGCAGAGUUUGUCAGGUUUGAAGCCCCUAUGAUGGUAUGUGUCAAAUCAGUUGUAGCUAAUCUGUCCAGGGAGAAUACUGGCUUCAUUACACUUGUAUAGUUGAGUUCUUCCAGCAUUACCGCUGUUUAAUAGAACAUGAUUAGUCAUCACCGAGAAGAAAGCAUAUUAGCCGAGGAGGUAGUUACGCAGUGCGCUCUGAUGAUUGCCACGAUGUGAUUGCAAUACUUCUUAGCAGCACCACAUCAUCCCAGACGUGUUCUUUCGAGCCCUUGGAGCCCUCCUUUCUAAAUUCACUGUCAUAAUUUAGUAUCUGUUUAAUUUUUCAGUCCAAAGAGAGGAAAUCAGUUGCUGAGUAUCAUUUGACUGGAGUCUCCUUGGUGCAAAUACAAAAUGGAAAAAAUAAAUAAGAGUAAGUCAGAAAUUCAAAAGGAAAUCACGAAUUCAAGCUAAUAACAUUUCGAGACCAUGUAGUAAACUCAGUAAAGGCAUAAAAGGCUACCCCCUGCCAAACCUAGGAGAUAUUUUACUUCCUUUUGCCAAGGUGGAUGUCUUGGGUCUCGGUCACUGCCGGGCCACGCCAGAGUGUCCCACAGGCUUCUGUGUCAUGUCUUUAGCUAAGAUUGUGAAAAUCUGUUUGAAUAAAGGAAGUUCAUAAAUAUGCAUUGAUUUUUGUACAGACAAAUGGCACCUCUGUUAAUUUAUAAAUUGAACUGGAUGUGAACUAAUAACACGCAACUAGUUGAGAUAAGAGGGUUACAGAUCAUUGUACAUGGAAAGCGCUCCUGGCAGCAAACGCUUCCAUUACUGUGAUCGACGGCUUUGAAAAAGGAACCUACCCGAAGAAGAUGGUGGUACAAUUUGCUUAUUAAAAUCGAGAAAGAAAAAGAAGACACUUAGAUCCUAUGAGAGAAGAGGGGGUGGGGAGGCGGCAUGUGAUUUCGCCUUACUUAGAUCUGAUGCCGCUUCUGCCAGCCUGGAGGAAGAGGCCGUGGGGAAGCCGGGGAUGAGUUUCUGAGUCCCGGCCCUGGGUGGUGGGCAGAGGCAGGCCAUGACCGGCCGCCCACAGCUCGGUGGCACCAGCUGGCCCGCGGGCCUCGCUAACACUUCCCUGGGUGGCCAGGCCCUCCAUCUCCUUUACUUGGUCACCUGACCUGCUGUGUCCAAGCUGUGGGGUGGCUUCAGACUUCCACCACCUUCAGCCUGCUGGCCAAACGAAGUAAAAACCAGAUCAAGACACCUUAGGUUAAAAAGGAAGCGGGGGUGGGGGGGGGGGGCGUGCCUGGAGCCCUUUAGCAAGUCCGAGCAAGAAGAGGGUCGUCCCCCUGGCAGGCGACCCUGGCCCUGCUGCCACACAGGAGCAGGGCCACGUCCGCCCAGCAGCCUCCAGGCAGGUCCUUUGCUCUCCUACAUUAAACCUUCUAUUUUGUAAGAGUUUUUCCUCUUCUUUCACUUUUUAAGAAAAAAAAAUUUAGGUGGGCAAAAAAUAAAGCUUUACACAGAAUUUAUAUGUGGGUCAGUGUUUCAUGGACAUUUGUAACCUUGAUUCCGCUGCAUGGAAGCCAGGAGGCUCCGGGAACAGCAGGUGCAGAAGCCACGAGGCUGAGAGCCUUGACAACAGGUCCCUAAUCCUCCCUCCCCACCCCCACCCCCGCGAUUUUUAAUUCUGUGUUUCAUCACUGUGUAGUUAUUUUAAAUGUGAAUAGGAAAAAAAAUGUCUGCCUAUUUUUGAAGAACGCGUUACUGUUCUAAUCCAGCUAUACACAUUCGCCUCCACACAGCCUUUAGCAUAGAAUUUAUGUAGUGAACGCAGAUAUAGUAUAAAUGAAAUUCUUAAAUUAUUUCACUGUAGUUAAUUCCCACUAUAGGAAUGCUCUAUCAUAUAACGAAGCCUUGUUUUGAAAAGAAACGGAAUUCCUUGUAAGGCUUCUCUUUGAGAUGUAUAUGAGUGUGUACAUAUUAUUAUAUGUGUUUAUAAUAUAAUAUUUUCCCAAAUGACUUCUUUUUUCACUUAGCCUUUCACGACCUGAAUGCCAGAUUUGUUUGGGGGGUUUUGUUUUUGUUUUUUUCUCCCUUCCCUCUCUCCGGCGCGGGGACUUCAUUGAUUCCUUCUCAGAAAACUUGACCCCUCUUCUGCUAUUUCUAGCAAUGUUGAUCUGCGCCAGGAGGUGGCCAGCCUUCCUGAGCCUGAGUUUGGGCAGCAGGGCAGGGGCGGUGGUGGGUGUCAAGGGUUUUCCUCAAAAAUAAAGGUGGCUGGUGGCCGAUCUGUUUGUAUUUCAGCGUCACACCAGAAGGCCUUUCUUCACCGGCAAUAUGCUCUCAUUCCCAUCUUAAAGCCUUGCUAACACUCAGGCGGGGAAGCAAAAAGCCACAAGGGCCGGUGUUAGAAAUGACCAGCUCAGGAAGGCGGCCGAGUUGUCACUGCUCCCACGGAAAACACCAGUGCAUUAUCUUCAUAGCCUUUUCUCUUCAGAAGUAAAUUCCCCUGAACUUGAAACCACCUGCUGGGGUAGGCACAGGUGCACAUGGUCACCAGGGAGGGUAGCUUCACCAUCUGGCUGGAUUCCUUCUGUUGGCCACAGAAACCCUGCAGAGGAGGAGCCUUGAUUCUGAUCCUGUGGGAGCAGACUCCCAGGCCUGGUAGGAAGAUGGCUCACCAAGCCCAAAGCCCAGUCAUGGGGCCCCGGCCCCUCCUGUCUCCUGUCAUCCCAGGAGAUGAGCAGCUCGAGGGUGAGUGAGUGACACGUUCAUGAGUCUUGGGCCCCAUGAGCGGGCGCCGUUCCAUGUCUCCCUGUAAGAGCACGCUGCGCGACUAUCCCAGAGAACAGGGGAAGGCAGUGGGGUGCUUGCUGAUCCCAGGGCUGUCAAGGGCCCUUGUUGGAUUACUCUUGACCAGAAUCCUAAAAGGAGCCCAUUCUCUGCCCGUGAGCCCGGGCACCGAGGCAGGGCCUUGCUGUUCACCUGUCUUUUGAAGUUUCGUCUAGCCUGAUGAGGUCGGCUCACACCCAGCCUCUGCCAUCUGGCCUCAGGACCCGUCCUCCCAGUUUUGUAACACCUGCCCCCUCCCAGGGUCAUUCUCUCCAUCCGUGAAGGAGCGGUCACUGACCUGAUGAGGGGGAGAACAGGGUCCGGUGAUGAGAAGGACAGCCCUGGGGCUGAGCAGACCCGGCCUCGGCUUUGCUGCCCCUCCUGGGUGGCCCUGGCCAGGUACCCAGCCUUGGGGCGCUCUUUCCUCAGCUGUGAAAUUGGGGGGAGUGGCCUUGCAGCACCCGAUGACCAGUUGGUUUCCAACCAGUGUGAUCACUGCCAGCCAGACACUCCGCCGGGGCUGGAUGCUCAGGAAAUGGGAGUGUUCAUUAAGAACAGAAAUGCUGACGGCCCCAAAGCCAGAGCGCCGGCCUGGAGAGCUUGCUUCCUCAAGCCGGCGCCCUAGGGAGCCCGGGACAGCAUGCUCGCCAGCCCCCCUCCCCUCUGCUGAGCCAGCAGGGCCCUCCCCCACCCCCGCGGGCAGGGAGCAGUGUCAGAGGAGGGGUGAGGCUCUUUGUGAGCCCCGACGACGCCUACAGAGCCCCUCUCCCAAGGGGUGAGCCGCACUGCGCACUUCCUGGCAUUUAUCCCCGAUUUUUGUAGUCUGAGUUUGCUUUCCCAGAGGCAAAGGAAAGGUUGAGUCUUACCCUCAUGUGCUCACUGAGGUCACUUGAGGCCCAAGGUGACCCCUUCUGUCCAACACCCUCUUGGGUUGUUGGCUCAGACAGGCCUCCCGCUCUUCAGAAGCCACCAGGAAGCUGCUGUCCGCACUGGGUCCUCAGAGCGCGCUGAAGAGCACGCUUUACUGGCAGAGCGCCGGGCCUUGCGGCCUCUUGCUUGGCGUGGACGGUUGGACGGUGAGCGAGCACCACGCUGUGAGCUACUCCCCCUUUUGAGGCUGGCGCUUGGCUUGUCUCGUGCCUGCGCUUGGUGGACGCGUCCUCCCCUCUCGACGGUGGCCAUGGGGUCCUGCCCAGCCCCCAGCCCCAGCUGUGCUCCAGGGUGACAUGAGUCACCGUGGCUCCAGCUCUGCCAUUCCUUCCUCCUUGCAUUUAGAAUGUUCUGGAAAUAAGAAAUCCACAUUCCCACCUAGGGAGGUUCAGAAGCCUUGCACUGAUGUAGAGCCUCUACAAGUAAGUAUGAUCUAGGCUCCAAAACUUCUACAAAGGCAAAGAUAAUUUGAAAGCAAAUCCAUUACCCCUCCAUGGGCUGUUUCCCCCUCCCCCACCUGCUCUAUUUCCAUCCCUCACGCGCCCCACAAGGUCGGCAUGACUUUCUAGAACUCCCCUGGAUUGUAUUUAUGUCCUUCAAGCAAACAAACUGAAAAGCAGUCAGGAAGGAAUUCAAAUAGAAAUGUGCUGAAGAUACACAUCUUUCUUUCCCAGGAAAUAUAAUUUAUUCAAACUGCCUCCUCAAACGUGGGCUUCACACAUUGUGAGGUACUGUCUUCAAGUGAUUUUCACCCUCAUCCUUCACCAAAAAGCUAAAUAAGGGCCUUUGGCAUCCAGAGUUGGAUUCUUUCACUUUGGGCCAUUAUCGACACGUUGCUUUUUUGAAUUCCCAAGAGGCUUUCUUCUGGAAGUCCUGUGGUCAGUGAGUCUUUGGUGUGGGCCCCGCCCCUGCCGUGGCCCCGCCAGGCCCCCAGGUGUGUGGCUCACGGGGGCAGGGGUCUGGCUUCCCCACCUGGCCCGCUGGGGGGUGGGGUCGGCUCCCUGCCCUGCUCGGUGCCCUGCACCCUGAUGGGUCCUUCGUGGUUCAAGCAUCUCAAUCAGGUCGCCUUUCAGUCAAAACGUGGAAUUGCUUUGUUACGCAGAAGAGAGAAGGGGGAGUGGGUCAGUCCAUGGAGCAGACAGGAACAGCGUCAGGCUUUUAUUUCCACCGCGGCCCAAAGUGAUCCCUGGAAGCCAGAACGGCCAGGCGGCUGGGGAGGAGAGAGCAUCCGUGCGGCUCGGGGUCAGCAGGCCCCCGCCGGGCCCUCCCCUCCCACCUCUCCAGGAAGAAGGGACAGGUGACAGCUUAGAACUCGUAUUUCAAAAACACAGAUGUUCUUCCCCUUAGAGAAAGGCUGUCCUUACAGAGAUUUUUUUUAAGCAAUAUUAAUGGAUUCCCCAUUUCAUUUCUGAUGUCUGCUGCUUUUUGAGCACAGAGUGACACUUCUUUCCAGUUCCAGUGUUUCGGUGUGGGUCAGAGUGGAAGAUUAGGGACAUUUCAUCAGCACGGGAUUCCAUGAGACCACAAAGUCUGGGUUUUAGUCCGUGAUUUUUAAGUGCCCAAGUUCUAGAAGUAAUUCAGUUUCACUGGUGUGGGAAACACCCUCCCAAAUCAAGGAUUCAGGACCGCAGAUUUGAAAGCCUCUCCUUUCUGCAUUUCAUUUGGGGCCGGGGGCUGGUUUUGCUCUCAGAGGACAGCAUUUGUUUCUGGGGCUCACACCUUGUUGGUAAAAACGCCCUUGUCCAAGGCCCUCAUCCCAUGCAAAGGGCCUGCGGUGCCCAGAGGCGGGCAGGGUGAGGCAGGCGUGCCCAGCAGCGACCCGCCGUGAGCCGCCCCCGCCAAGUGGACAGACAAGCUCGGGGUCUGGCCGGGUGUCACCCGGCACCCGGCAGCUGUGGGGUCCUUGCGGGGCAAGCCACCUUCGUCGGGGUGCAACAGGUCAGCUCGGGGCUUGUGUUUCGUGUGGGCCUGGUGUGUGGCUUCUGCAGAGAACGCCCCCCGGGGGUCAUGAUGGCGCCAUAGGAUAGAGACUCGCCUGUCAAAGCCAAGCGAGGUCUAGUCUAGAAUUCAUGGUCCGUGGGAAUUCCGCGUCCUUUACCUUGAGAUACAGGUGAAAGAAAGGAACCAUCCUAGAUGUAAGAGCUUUGGGGAAUCUUCCAAACGGAACAACCAGGUGUUGGGAGCAGCCGCCCCCAAAUAAGAGUGUGCCCUGAUCUCCCCGUGCCAGAUGGUGUCCACGAUGGCCCGGGAAGCGAAUGUCUGAGUUGGCCCAAACUCGAGUAAUAGGAUGUGGCACCAACCCCUAGAAGCUCACGUAGUCAGUGAUGCCUCAGGUAAGCUGGUGAGUGUCCAGGCUUGACGAAAGACGUUGAAGGGCUUUCCACCCCUUGUCCAGAACCCAGAUGUAGAGAGCCUGAGUGACAGGCCUCUUUCAAAGACGCUGGGGGCAGCCCAGCUGACGACCACUGCACCUAGCUCUGCACCUGACAUUCCACUGAGUGGCCUGGGGGAAAGGUUCGUCCUGCCUGGGCUCUUCAAGGGUCAGAGGACAGAGGGGCCCAAGGGUGCAUGAGCUGGAGCCAGAGCAGGGAGUUAGCCCUCACUGACCACUCCCAGGAGCACAUCACUCCCUCCCCGCCCCGCCCCAGGGCGCACGGGCAGACCCGAGUGAGGAUUGGGCUGUUCCAUGGUGCAUAGGCAACAGGUAUGUUUAGAAACUGCUUUAUGGCACAUCACAAGUCUCGAGGUUAGAAGUAAUGCCUUCUCCAAACCCUGAAAAACCUCAGCGGUUUCCCUCCUCCAACUGGGCUUUGGUCUAAAAUAUAUCAAACUCUUGAGGCUGCAACCACUGUCCUGAUCUGAGCACCCACGUGCUGGGGAGGAUGCCAUGUGGCCUUGGCCAAGGGCACUGCACAAAGCCUUGGGAGCCAUGAGCUGGCUGCCCUGGGAAGGGCUGGAGGAGUUGGCCGCUCCAGCCCCAGGCACGGCCACGUGGGUCCCGAGAGUGCUUCCUGCCCCCAAACAGCCCCCCACUCUCCUGCCGGUGACCUUGAACAGGGUACUCAUGGGGCCAUGGGUGUGUUUCUGAACGGGAGCCCGAGGAGGUCAAGGGUGACAACCGAGAGGCAUUUCUCAGAGGGAACAGGGAAGGCCAAGUCUCUGCCCACCUCUCAGCACAUUUUUCUGUUUCUGUAAAUAACAAUGUAUAGAAGAUGGAAGAGUGGCCCAGGGUUUAUCCAGAGAUGGGUUUGGUUUCUUUGGGGGUUUUUUUGGUCGUUUUUAUAUUACCUCAUUCAGCAAGUUUGUUUCACAAUGACUCAAUGAUGCUUUAUUUAUAUUGUUUGUACUGUAAUUAAAACCAUUGACAGACAUUUCACUUUGCUUAUUAUUUCAUAUGAUUUUGUUUUGAUUAAAUAUGCCAGUUUGUAUUUUCCUGCAUUGGGAUUUUCUUUGUGUCAGCUGUACAGUAUUCUAAGGGGGAAAAAAAGAGAAAAAGAAAGAUGUGUAAAGUAAAGGGGAGAGGUGGCUAUAGGGUAGAGGCCUCUUUCUAAUAAAGAAAUGAAAAUAUGUCUA